AUGAGUAAUCCAUAUCAGACCCAGCAGAACCCAUAUAGCCAGCUGCAGCAACAGUAUCAAAGCCAUAGUGCUUAUGAAAUGAGCGACGUUGGCCGCAACACCAGCAACUACGAUGCUUACGGUGGUAGUGGUAAACAAUACUCUUCCUCAAACGAAGACAGCUUUGUCCAGUUUAUGAAUGAAGUGCAAGACAUCAAUGCCCAGUUAGACAGCUAUUCCAACAUCAUUAAUCUAAUUGACAAUAAGCAGAAAUCGUUUCUUUACAACAUAGACUUGAACGAUGAAGACACCGAGUAUUCUUCGCAGCAAAUCGACAGUUUAGUCGGCGAAGCCCAGUCUUUGCAGUUGGACUUGAAAGCAAGAAUCAAAAAUGUCCAGGUCCAGGCUGUUCAUGCCAAGGACCAGACCCAAGUCGACCAGGCUGAAACUUGCAGGAAGAGGUUCUUGGACUUGAUUCAGGACUAUAGAUUGGUUGAAGCGAAAAACAAAGAACAAUCAAAAGAGCAAGCUGCAAGACAAUACCAGAUUAUCAAGCCAGAUGCAACCAGGGAGGAAAUCAACGCAGUGGUGGAAGAAGGCGGCACCCAGUAUUUCCAACAGGCUUUGCUUCAAAGCAAUAGACGCGGCGAAGCUAGAGCCGUGUUGGAUGAAGUGCAAGUGAGACACCGCGAGUUGUUAAAGUUGGAAAAAACCAUGGCCGAAUUGACGCAAUUGUUCCACGAUAUGGAAGAGUUGGUUAUAGAGCAAGAUCAACCGAUCCAGCAGAUUGAAGAACAAGUUGGCACUGCUCAACAUGACAUUGAGCAAGGUGUCGGCCAUACUGACAAGGCCGUCAAGAGCGCAAAAAGCGCAAGAAAGAAGAAGUUGUGGUGUUUGGCAAUUGUUAUCAUUUGUAUUAUUAUUGUGGUUGUGAUCAUUGCUGCAUACUUUGGUUCAAGGAAGUAG